AUGGCGGUCUUCCAGGAGGUGCUUCCCGAGGCCGUCAGCAAAGCCAACGCCGCGGAGGAUGCCGUGGAGAAAGCUGUAAUCACCUCAGAGAUGAUCACCGCGGGUGGCGAUGACAUGGAUGAAGUCAGACAGGCCGUGACUUCAACGGAGCAGGCUGUCCAGGAGGCCCAGAAGGCCAUGGGCGAGGCCCGGAUUUUCCUGAACGCCAAGCAGGCGGCUGCCCG